UUUCUCUACCUGUUGGACUGAACGGCCCUCAUCAUGUCUAAAGGUACCGUGGUUCUGGCCUACAGCGGAGGACUGGACACAUCCUGUAUUCUGGUUUGGCUGAAGGAGCAGGGCUACGAUGUUAUCACGUACUUGGCCAACAUUGGGCAAGAUGAAGAUUUCGAAGCCGCCCAGAAAAAGGCAGAAAGCCUCGGGGCAAAGAAGGUUUUCAUUGAAGACCUGCGUGCAGAGUUUGUGGAGGACUUCAUCUGGCCUGCAGUUCAGGCCAAUGCUGUGUAUGAGGACCGAUACCUGCUGGGAACUGCGGUAGCACGGCCCUGCAUCGCCCGCCGGCAGGUUGAGAUUGCACGCAGGGAGGGUGCCCAUUUUGUCUCCCAUGGUGCCACAGGAAAGGGCAACGACCAGAUACGUUUUGAGCUCACAUGCUACGCCCUCUACCCUGAAGUUAAGAUCAUUGCACCGUGGAGGAUCCCUGAGUUCUACAACCGUUUCAGAGGGAGAAUCGACCUGAUGGAAUAUGCUCAGAAACAUGGCAUCCCUGUGCCAGUCACUCCUCGGGCCCCCUGGAGCAUGGAUGCCAACCUCAUGCAUAUAAGCUAUGAGUCUGGCAUCCUGGAGAAUCCUAAGAGCCAUGCUCCGGCUGACCUGUACCUGAUGACCAAGAAUCCAGAAGAUUCCCCCAAUGUCCCUGAUGUACUGGAGAUGGAGUUCAAAAAUGGAGUGCCUGUCAAGGUGACCAAUGUGAAGGACAGCAAAGUCACAACCUCACCACUGGAUAUCUUCUCAUACCUCAAUGACAUUGGUGGAAAGCAUGGAGUGGGUCGGAUUGACAUUGUAGAGAACCGUUUCAUUGGCAUGAAGUCCCGAGGUAUUUAUGAAACCCCAGGAGGCACAAUUCUGUUGAAGGCUCAUUUAGACAUUGAGACCUUUACCAUGGACAAAGAAGUACGCCGGAUCAAACAGGGACUGGGUAUCAAGUUCUCUGAACUCGUCUACAACGGUUUCUGGGACAGUCCAGAGUGUGAUUUUGUGCGACACUGCAUAACCAAAUCCCAGGAGAAUGUGGAGGGCAAAGUGCAGCUGUCUGUCUUCAAGGGCCAGGUCUACAUCCUGGGAAGAGAGUCACCCACGUCUCUUUACAAUGAGGAGUUGGUCAGCAUGGAUGUGCAGGGAGACUACGACCCAUGUGAUGCCUCUGGAUUCAUCAGGAUUAAUGCUGUCAGGUUAAGGGAACACCAUCGUUUGCAGGGUUUCUCCAGCACCAAGCAGUAACGGUUGCAGUCCUGUGAACCAUCUUUCUUCUCUCCACGUGUCUUAAGCAGUAGUAGGUUUGUCUACUGGUAGUUAUUUUUAGUCUCAGGUAUCUAACACAUUAGCAAGCACAUCACUCUAACUGUUAACUUGUUGAAGUUUUUUAGGUAGUGAAGAGUGGAGGAAGAAAACUCUACGAAAUGUAACCUCAUGACAGGAAAAUAGUUUGAAUUAGAUGUACAGUUCAUUGUUAAAUCUAUCCUGGAUGGGCAUUUUAGCGAGAUGUAUUUCUUAAUAUUUUAUGUUCUGAAUUUAUUUCAUUCUUGUUAGUAGGUCAACACAAAUAUUAAAACUAAUGAAGUGAAAUAAAA